AUGUCAGAGAUGCCGGAAAUCCAAACGCAUCUGCCUGAGGCGAGACGCCAAAGAAGCGCCCUUCUCGAUCCACCUAGAGAACCGGUAUGCGAGCGGCCACACCAAACGGCCAAGAGGGCCACGUUCGAGCUUGAAGCUACGACCACGGCCGUCUGGCAGCACGACCACGGCGGCAACCGCGACCAAAACUACAACUACGACUAUGACCACGAGCACAAUUCUUCGCGAGCCUGGGCUCGAUCUUCCAAUGCGCGCACUCCUACACUUAUCUCAUCACCACCUGCAGACCAGAGCCGAGGUGCCAGGGUUGUUGAAAAGCCUGUUGGCUCAUCCCGGCCACCCGGCGAACUGGUGCAUCUGGCCGUGUCGUCGCUUGCGCUGGCCGUCUACUCGCGCACCCAACACUACGCGCCCGCCGCGAUGCAGGCAUCGGUCCAAUACCACCACCUCUUACAAAUGGCGCGAUCGAUGCUCCCAGUCUUGGACAGAGGCAACAUCGACACCUGGUUGUUGGCCAUUUGUCUCAUGGGCCGUUACGAGGACACCAUGUCCCGACCGAUCCGCAUUGCCUCGGCCGCCAGCUUUCCGCACCACGACGGGGCUCUGGCGGUCUUGAAGACCUGGGUACAUUUCCAGAGGAGACCGUCGCACCUGGGAGGAGGAGGAGGAGGAGGAGGAGGAGGAGGAGGAAGUGGUCAUUACCCGGUGCCCGAGAUCGUCCAGCAGACCCGACGUGGCCUGAUUCGCUCGGCGCUGCUGAGAGGCAUUGCCAUGCCCCAGUGGGCGAGUGACGGCAGUCUCUUUGGCGAGUCCGGCCUCGACCUCGUAUACGACAGCAUCGUCGUCGACAUCGCCGACCUGCGGUACCGCCUGAGACACAUGACUGACUACUUUGAGCUGGAGGAGUUAAAUCGCCAGGCUGCAGACCUCGACGCCGCUCUGCACCGCUGGACCACCCAGUUUCCGGCCGACUGGGCCUAUGAGCAGUGUGUGUUCGAUCCCACGGACCGACCGUCGCCUUCACCCUCCACCCACUUCUACUCUUCGACCGUGUACAUGUAUGCCAGCCCCGUCUAUGCGGCCGCGUGGCUGCAGUAUUUCUCCACACGCAUGCUCCUGACCAGCGCACGCCUGCGGAUCCUUCGCAUGCUCAGUCAAGCGUGUCAACCCGACCUGACCAUCGACCAGGAUCUGGAUUUGGAUCUGGACCUUACCCCGCUGACUGUGCAUUACGACCAGGAACGAAGGAAAUGCUUGUCGCAGCUGAAAAACAUGGCCGACGCCCUUGCCGCGAGUUUGCCUUCUUGUCUGGACUGUGUCAAGCUGCACACUAGAAAGCUGUCUCCGAUCCCGAGUCCUGUCCAUGCCACGGCAGCUGAUGCCCGUGACUGGGGAAGAGAGUCUUACCCCGGGUCCUCCGUAUCGCCAGCAUCUGGUCCAAGUCCAUCCUUGAUUUCAACAGCCGCAGCUACGUCUACAUCAACAUCGAUUUCUCCGCUGGUGAUGGCCAUUGGGAAUGAGACCAAUAUUCCCUCAUCUUCAACAGUAACAUCAACAUCACCCACAACAGCAGCAUCAACACCAACACCAACAACACCCUCACCCACCCAAAAACUCAUCCUAGCUGCCCCACAGGACCAUGUGAGCAUCAACCCUUACCUCGCAAUCCUAGCCGUGUGGCCUUUGAGCAUUGCCUCGUUCGUCCACUUAGGCCUAGAUCCUACUAGGAGCGACAGUGGCACCAAUUUGAAGAGUGGCAAUUCGAAGAGUCUUGAUCUUGAGGCCGAACCCGAGGCCGAGCCCAUCGACUUGCCAGACCCAGACCCAGACCUGAACAUGGACCUGAAGCGCCUGCAGACUUGGUUCCGCGCCGAACUGCGCCAAGUAGGCAGGAUCCUAGGCGCCGCCGUGCUCGAGGGCCCCCUGGUCGACGGGAACGGGGACGCGUGGUUACAGUUGUGA